GUCCCCCUGGUAUCAGACGACAGCUCCCAGUCCCUGACCACUCUCAUCCUGCAAGGCUGCGAUGACCAGUACUUGACCACUGUAGCCCUGGGAAACCUGAAGAACCUCACCACACUCAUGCUGCAGGACAACGAGAUCACGCGCCUCCCAGAAGCCAUCAGAAAACUCCCCAUCAAAGACCUCUACGUAUACAGGAACCAGCUGGAUGCACUGUGUUUUGGUGACCUUCCCCGGACACUGGUCACUCUAACCAUGGAGGUAAAGGCCAGGGGACCAGACAUCCCAUGUGACUGCCUGUGGGAACACCUUGCCUACCACUACCGGACCAAACUAGAAACCCACUGUGGCCAAAGACAUUUCGGAACUUUCAGCAGCCAGGCCCAGAUGUUCCAAUGUUCCGGCUACAGAACAGAGUGCCCCACCCCACUCGGCCACACGCCGAAGCAACUCUGCCCCAAGAUCCUGCGAGACGACAGAGCCCCCACCACCCACCCCCCGGACACGCGCGAAGGCGGACGGGACGGGCACGAGGUUCGAACCCAGACACCUGGCGAGUCGGCCUCAUCCUCCGCGGCGGGUAGACAUGUGUGUGUUGAGCUGGAGAUAGUCGGUUGUCUGUUGGUGGUUGUUAGAAGAGUCAUCAUUGCAGGGGGAUUAUUUACUUAG